CAAUGUGACUUUUCAGUCAUGGAAAAUCCUAUCGCACCUCCCUCAUAUAAAAAGGUAUCACUGUGCACAUUUUUUAAAAUCAAUUCAGUCAAGAUGAAACUCAGCAUUACCUUUGGUCUUUUGUGUGUGUUCAUAUCUGAAGUUGCUGCACUCACUUGCAACGAUUGCGUUCAUGACACACAUGGAUACCUUUACUGCUAUAAUAAGACCUGUCCAGAGAGUGAUGGACAUUGUGCCAGCAAGACUCUUGUAGGUCCUUAUAAAGUACAUUUGCAGAUGUGUGCUUCAUCACAUGACUGUAUAUCAGGGUCAAUAAACCUGGGGUUGUCCAACUACACAGUGAACACAGAAUGCUGUGAAGGAGACCACUGCAAUCAUCAGAUUGUCCCAGAGCUAAUUAGAAAUAAUACACCCAAUGGGAUGGAAUGUUUCACCUGUGAAGGAGGUGACUGCAACAAAAAUCUGUCCUGUCUUGGAGACGAGGAUGUUUGCAUUACAUCAUUGAGGAACUCUGAGACAGUGAAAGGAUGCGCCUCCCUUGAUCUCUGUUUGUCUGCACGACGCAUGACGUAUGACCUUUCCUGGACAUCAUGUUGUAAGGGGAACCUAUGCAACAGUGAAAGUAGGCACCCAUAUAACUACCAUGGCAUGUAUCCCUCCACUCCCCCCUCUGAUGUGAACCAACAUGGCCACGACUCUGACAGCCACAGUCAUAGCACCCAUUCUGAUGGCCAUGGUCAUAGCCCCACUCAUGAUCAUAGCACCCACUCUGAUUACCAUCAUGACCCCCACUCUGACGGCCACUAUGACCCCCACUAUGACGACCACUAUUAUGACGGCGACCACUAUUAUGACGACGACCCUUGUGAGGGCAUCUUCUGCAGCAGCAGCAAGACCGUGGGGCAGAGUGUCCUGCUCCUGCUGGGGUCUCUACUCUAUCUCCUGCUCGUCCAAUGACCGGUCUGCUUCUCAGUGCUCUCAGAUCACACAUCGCCAUGUCCUCACUCUGCUUGUUCAAGUCAAAUCUCCUGCAUAGAUUAAUGUACCUUCUGUCUUUCUUCGCUUGAAAUUACCAGUUUUGUGAAAUAUUUUUUUUUAAAUCACAUUCACUUUGACUAUAAGCCUUUCUGGAGAACAACAUACUAUGUGUUCAUCUAAAUAUGGAAUGUAUAAAAUGUUGCCAAUUAAUAUAGCAUAAUACUAUCUCAUGCAGUUAAUGAUUUAAGUGGAUAUAUACACAACAUGUUCUUAAUAGAAUAAAGCUAUAGUGAGGUGGAAGAAACAUGUAUUUUGACAUCACCAGAGUAACACUGUUACCUGGAAUAAAUCCCUUGAGUUCCAUGUAUAAUGCACUAUGUAACCUUGCACUGUAGGAUUUAAGCACUUUGAAUCAAUUCUGUUGUGUAAAAUGUGCUAUAUAAAUAAAGUUGAUGUACUGUAA